ACUUGCUUCCUAGAGGUGUUCUUUUCAGACCACUCUCUCUUUUCUUUUGCUUUCUUCUUGUGAUCAGCCAAAAUGGAGCAUUCCCCUGGCGUCCUUGUUUGGUUUAGCUUACUGCUGGGCCUUGGAAUGCUAAUCCAUGGCGCUCACGCCCAAAACUCUCCCCAAGACUUCCUUGCUGCUCACAACGCAGCUCGCGCAGAAGUUGGUGUUGGUCCUAUGGCAUGGGACGACACCGUUGCAGCCUACGCCCAGAACUAUGCCAACCAAAGGAUCGGUGACUGCAACCUGGUACCCUCCGACAAGUAUGGGCAGAACAUCUUCAAGGCAGGUGGGCAAGACUACACUGCAGUUGAUGCCGUGAAAGCGUGGGUGUCUGAAAAGAGUGACUACGACUACAACACCAACACCUGUGCCAAUGGAAAAAUGUGCCUGAACUACACUCAGGUGGUGUGGCGCAACUCGGUGCGGCUGGGUUGCGCCAGGGUCAAGUGCAACAGUGGUGAAAUCUUCAUCACCUGCAACUACGACCCUGCUGGUAACGUUGUAGGGGAGCGUCCCUACUAGAUAUAUAUGGGGCGUGCCAAAUUAACAUUUGGCUUAGCCUUAGUUUACUUUGAGUUUUAAUAAUCAGAGCAGCAGCUCGUCUACCUAUAAUAA